GCUGAAGCUCUAAACUGUUGCAAGUAAUCCAUCUAACGCCAUCUAACGCUGCGCCGAAUUCGCAUUCGUUUUAUCUACUGUGCGACUUUACAACUUUGCGACAUUAACUUGGCACUCCUCUUCUCACACCCAGAGGCUAGGCUCGCCUUCCAGCACGCCAGCAAAUGUCCGAUUACAAUUCUGACGACGCUUUUCCACGUUCCCCUGGCCUCAAACCCGUACGUCCCAGGGCUACUCCCUCACCCUCGCCGCCGCCGUUCAUCCCGCAGCAAAAUCACACAACAUCGUCCAAUGGACGUAAGACGAAACCGAGCCAAGGAGACACAGUCUUGGCGAGUUUCAUGGACCCAAACCAGCCGGAAUUAGCCCGGCUGGUCGGUGAACAAGCCCUUAAUUCGGAUUCUGGCUCAGAGGCCGAUGAGGAGGACAUCGUGGACCACUCGCCUCCAGCUAGUUCUGCCCAUCAGACAGCCAGUCCUCCGGGUUUUGACUUGGCUGGCACCGCUCAGGCUGCGCAAACUGCCAAUUCGGGAGGGCCGAAAGAUACCACAUCCCCGCUGCGGCGUGGAUCCGUGCAAAGCGACUCCGGGGGGUUUGUUGAGCCCCCAUGUCCUAAGUCGAAAUUAGUAAAUGCGGCAUCGUCAAAGUUUUCAUCUGCAAAUGGUAGCCAAGCAAAUAGGGCUGGCUCAGCCCUGAUUUAGUGAAGCAGUUACCAGGAUUAAAGCACUCCUUCGCGAAACCGUGCAGGAAGAGGUUUCCAGCUUUGCUCUAGGCGUAGUUUUAGAUCUAGCUCCGCUAUACCUCUUUCUUAUAGCUGUCACGCUUUUCUUGCUCUCGCUGUUGCUAGUACUGUCGCUGCGGGCUUCUACGGUGGCGCACGUCGUCCUGACUGCCGUCAUUAUGGGGGCAAUUGGAAAGACAUUGUGGGUGGCUCUAUGGCGGCACGGGUAUCGGUAAUGCGGUCUUGGGAGCAUCGCUCUGGAGGUCGUUCGUGUCUGGCCGGCUAGGGAAUCAAGG